GGUAAUUGCGUAGCUCAAUAUGUCGGAUACUUCCUGUUUACAUGAGGCUUUGGCUGCAACUGUAUUAAUGAAAACUGGAAAUAGAUUUCAGUCAAUAAAUCUUUCCUAGUAUUCAUACUACUAUUAAACAAGUGUGCAGAUGUCAGUCACCGCCUUGCGCCUGAUCCCAUGUCGGAGGCUGAGCUCGACAGGUCCGGGCCUGAAGAAAUUCAUCACGUGGAAAGAUUUCUGGAAAAUCACUAAAGUAACCGGUGCCAUCGUACUGGGCACCUGUGUUUUUAUCACAUACGAGGUCGUCACGCUGAGACAGGCGGUCACCCUCGACACCCGGGCUAUUCUCCAAGAAAAACAGAAGUCUUAUAUCUACCUAACCCCCAUGACUAAGGUAGAACAGGAGACCCUUGGCACCAAUCUUACCUAUAAAAUCAAGAAGGAGCUUCAUAAAGCAGUGAGGAAACUUAUUGAAAUUUCAUCACGAGUCCUCCAACGUCCCCUGGACGAGCGCCUAAGCCAUCUGGAUGCAGAUCCUCAUGAGUUGGCUCUGUGGAUGUUACUGAAGCGGACCAGCUCCACCAGUCGGUCAGAGCGGCUGCAGGCCGUACAGGACCUGGCACACAGUCACUGGCAGGAUUACCACUACCAGACAGCGGCUCAGUCUAUAGACCAGCGCACGGCUAUAGGUCUGGCUCGGACUCCGAACGUAGACCUGCGCUUCUUCCUGUCCCCACCCACACUGCCUAAACUGGAGGAUGAGUUUCUAAUAGAGGAUGGGUUGAGGCAGCUGCUGGCCUCUUUGCCUCAGUCAGAGGUGGAUCAGUGUGUGCAGUAUUUCACUUCGCUGGCACUGAGAGAGAGCACUCAGUCCCUCGCUUCUCAACGGGGAGGGUUGUGGUGUUUCGGGGGAAACGGACUGCCCUAUGCACAGAGCCUCACCUCCGUCCCCUCUGAGAAGGUGGAGUCUUUCUGCCUGCAGGCCCUCGUACAGCACUCAAAGGUGCCGAGUCAUUGUGAUCACAUAGUGGCCAACGGAGGACUGCAGCUUUUACAGAGAGUCUACCAGCUCCGACGGGACUCGCAGAAGAUCCAGCGCAACAUCGUACGCAUCAUCGGGAACCUGGCGCUGAACCAGAGCCUACACACAGACAUAGUGCAGUCAGGUUGGUUACGGGUCCUGGCCGAGACGGCGCAGUCUCCUCACAUCAUGCAGGCGUCCCACGCUGCUCGCGCGUUAGCCAACCUGGACCGAGACACGGAGGUGCAGAAGUACCAGGACGGAGUUUAUGUUUUACAUCCACAGUGUCGCACCAGCCAGCCCAUCAAGGCGGACGUUCUGUUCGUGCAUGGCCUUCUGGGAGCUGCUUUCAAAACAUGGCGACAGAAAGACUGCGAUCUGACAGAGCAUGAAAAAUCUGCAGGAAUCCAUGAGGAUUACACCGAGUGCUGGCCUAAGUCAUGGUUAGCAGCCGACUGCCCCAGCCUGAGGAUCCUGUCUGUAGAGUACGACACGCAUCUGAGCGACUGGAGGGCCAAGUGUCCUGCUGAAAACCAGAGGAAGUCUUUAGCGUAUCGUAGCGGAGAGCUGCUGAAGAAGCUGAAAGCUGCAGGAGUAGGUGAACGGCCGGUGGUUUGGGUGGCGCACAGUAUGGGAGGCUUGCUGGUGAAAAAGAUGCUGUUAGAUGCGUCUAAGGAUCCUGAGCUGAGCUCCUUGGUCAAGAACACAAAGGGCGUGCUGUUCUACAGCGUUCCUCACCGCGGCACCUUCAUGGCCGAGUACUCCGUAAGCGUACGCUAUCUCCUGUUUCCCUCCGUAGAAGUCCGAGAGCUCUGCAAAGACUCUCCAACCUUACGAGACCUGAACGAGAAUUUCCUCAACAUGGCACAAGACAAAGAGUUCAAGAUCCUGAGCUUUGCUGAAUCUCUGCCCACGUCAGUCGGCCCGAUGCUAAACAUAUUAGUGGUUCCUGCCGAGUCAGCAGAUCUGGGUAUCGGAGAUCUAGUAGAAGUGGCUGUGGAUCAUCUGAACAUCUGCAAACCCGAGAAGAAGGACACGUUUCUCUACAAACGGAGCUUGCGGUUUAUUCAGGACGCUCUUGGUGAACAGGUCAUCAGCUGAACGUUCGUGUUGACGUCUUUAUCAUGUCAUCUUCAGGAUGAAAAUAAAUAAACAAGCAAAAAAAACAACAUUAUCUCUGAGCACUUCUACUACCGAUUGGUUUGGAUUCAUUUUGUUCAGAGAUACUGUGUGACCAUUAUAUAUAUUUAUUCCAUUUCAUUUACACUCUGUCAGUUUCCUGUAACGGUUAUUAGUUGUUUUUAUGGAUGCUUCCUAGCACACUGUUGGAACACUAAGAACCAGAUGGAGGAUCAGCGUACUGCUGACUUGCCAGAUUUGGUGCCACUACCUCAAAUAUACGGAUGGAUUUUAAUUGUACAAACGGUAUUUUUUUGUACGUCAGUGUUCCCGUUGAAAUGAUCAGAGUACGUGUCCUUGAUGAUGAUUUAAGGGUUCAAUCCGUGCCAAAAUGUACCACCAGCACUUAAGCACAACAAAUAAAGUGGCUGUUUGUGUGUCA